UAAACCUAGGUUGCAAAACCAAAUAAAGCUCCAACCUUUGGCUUCUCACCGCCUCUCAUCUACUCCGGCGCCGGCGAAGCUCUCUGGUCUCCAUCCGGCCACCAUGUCUUCCCUGAGGAACGCCAUCAGUCGAAGGGCUCACAAGGAGCGAGCUCAGCCGCAUAAUCGCAAAAAGUUUGGUAUUCUUGAAAAGCACAAGGACUAUGUUGUGAGAGCUAAAUCAUUCCAUCAGAAAGAGGGGACUUUGAAGAAAUUGAGGGAGAAGGCAGCGUUCAAAAACCCAGAUGAGUUCUCUUUUGCCAUGAUCAACACUAGGAUGGUUGAUGGAGUUCAUAGACCCAAGAGUGAGACUAAGUAUACACAAGAGGAACUUCUGGUGAUGAAAACACAAGAUAUUGGUUAUGUUCUUCAAAAGCUUCAAAGUGAGAAGAAGGUCAACAAGUGUUUGUGUCAUGAUUGGUUUUUUGCGACUUAGAUGAUGUGUCUAUGG